GAGCUCGGCGGGGCUCGGCGGCCGCCGGGCAGCGCCAUGAACCUGGGUGAUGGACUGAAGCUUGAAACUGAAGUGCUGGAUGGAAAGCCUAGGCUAAUUUUAGCUUCUUCUGAUAAAUCAAAGUCUGCCAUGAAGAUGGGUAAUAAAACCAGAGUACCUAAGCAGGCAUUGAGAAUGAAGAACACUGGGUUCAUCUUGAGGCCAACACAAAAUGCUUGUAUCAAGCAGGAAGGUUUAACAAAACCAAGGAGUGAAUCAAGGUUAUCAAUGACAAAAGGUGAAAAACUGCAAGUUAAUAAACAUUCCUCACAUGAAGCCACAACUAAAGGUUACUCUUUGAUUUUCCAAAGAGAUAAGACAGACAGAGAUCCCGAUUCAGAGGAUCCUAGUAUUGUAAAAAAAACUAAACAGAAACCUCAAGCCCCACAUGUAUCAGCUGAAGACUUAAAAAGUUUGGUGUGUUUAACACAAGCACAACUUCAACAGAUUUUGAAUAUUGUUAAAGAAGGAAGAAGCAUCUCUGAGACUCCUGAAAAGCAGGAGGAAAUGGCUAAUGAGGCAUCAGAGGAAAAUGUUACAGCAUUGCUCCAAAAAGAUUGUGAAGUGUCCCCAGUGCCAGAUGAAGCAAACUCUGAUUCAUGCAGGAAACAGCCACAGCCAGGACAGAAAGUUAUAAAGGAUUCAUGGAAACCUGCUGACUUGUUUAGUACAUUGGGUGAAAGAGAAGGGGAGAAAGCCUUACUGGAAUUUAAAAAAAAACAAUGGAAGAAGGAAUUAGAUGAACAGGUAGCACUGAAAAAGAAACUGAAAGAAACUUUGGAGGGAGAGGUGGGUUAUUUCUGGGCAAAACUUGGCAGAAAUAAAACCCAUAAAGUAGAAACACACGACCCAGACCAGACAGUGUUCCCAGCUGGCUCUGUUCAUGGCACUGAGGAAAACUCUGCCUGUACAGCUGCUUCAGCCACAGAGGCUGAUGGAGUUGCACUGAAUGUUCCAAGAGCUCUGGCUGGGCAGUCUUCUGAUUUCAGUUCUGACUUUCCAGCUGGCAGUUGCACAGCACUGGCUUUCAGGCAAGCUGUGCCACAGGAGCGACCUUUUAGUGCUUUGAAGCAUGAGCAACAGAAGAAGUGGCUUGAAGAGUUGAACAAGCAGAAGGAAGAAGCUAAACUACGAAAAAUAGAAGAAAAACUUACUUUAUCAAAGGCAGAAGAGUAUGACAGAUGGGAAAUGCAUUUUGAUUCUUUUAAGAACCACUUUAAUGCUAAUGCACAAUACCCCUUAAAUGGAAUGCAGAGAAAGCCUGAAAGUCUUUCCCUGUCACCUGACCCCAAGAACCCAACUGCUCUCAUUCACCCUUCCUCACCUGCAGCUUUAGGCAAUCUCAUGCCCUUACAGAUGGGAGCUGCAGAAAAAGCUGCUAAAAAUGCUGCUUGGGAACAAAGUCAGGGAGUCAGUUUCCUGCGUUCCAUGACAGCUCUGCUGGACCCUGCACAGAUUGAGGAGAGGGACAGGAGGCGCCAGAAGCAGCUGGAACAUCAGAAAGUAAUAAUGGCUCAGGUGGAAGAAAAAAGGAGGAAGAAACAACUGGAGGAAGAGCAGAGAAAAUGGGAAGAACAACAGGAAGAACUGCGCCUGGCACGAGAAAAAGCACAACUGCAGAAACAAUUUGAAGAAGAAAUGCUGAAACAAAAACAAAAGGAGGAACUUGCAACUCUUAAAGCCAAAGAGCUUUAUCAGACAAUGGAGAAAGCUCAGGAAUUAGCCCAGGGAUCAAAACAAGGGCAACACGUUCCAGACUUGGCUCAGAAGGCACAUGACAUUUCAGAACUUCAGAACAGUCUUGGUGGUGGUGAUACAGAGUUUGGGAACUAUAAUUCUGGCAUUUCAGCAGGAAAUACUGAUUUCCCUGAUGGUGUGGGGAGUCCCCCUGAGCAGCAGGCUUCCCCUCGGAAGGACACAGCAGUGCAGACAGAUUGCUUUAAUACUUCAGCAUACACCGAGUCAGCUGAGGAAAGAACUGCAGGUUGUGAAUCACCUGAUAUUUCCAUAGAAUAUAAAGAAACCUCUAACAGCAAAAAACACCAGAAGGAAAUGCAGUAUAUGGGUAAAAACAAACUUUCAGGAAAAGAGACUGGUUGUAUUUGUGAUCUAUAUGAGCAAUAUGCAAGAAAAGAAAGGCACAUCAAAUCUUCAGAAAAAUACAGCAAAAGACCUGACUGGAACAUAAACAAGCCUGGGAAAAGAUACAUUCCAGCCUCAGAAAGGUACCCUAAACCACUACAGAAACAGAGGGAGGAGAACAAAGUGCGCCGUCAGCUGGAGCUGCUGCAGUUGGUGGAAAGGAACAGCCCUGGGCAGCUCAGUGCAUGGAGGGGAGGGCACUCAGCCAGGUCUCUGUCACCUCGGGAAGAAACUGCUGGCAAGAGUAAGGGCCACAGAGGCAGAAAGGAAGAAAAAUUUCCUAAGAAUCACUUGAAGGAAGAAAGAUCUGAACCAGCACUUGGGAACAGAUUACUCCAAGUACAAGCAAGGCAGCUCCAGGCUUCUCCUUUGCUGGUGGGCGAGCGGCACGGCGGAGGAGAGGAGGGGCAGGCAGAGUCCCGGCAGAGGAGCGGCCCCGGCGCGGCGAGAGCUCCCCCGGCGCACUUGGUGCCCUACGUGCGCACACGGGAGGUGUACUGCCUUCAGCCACAGGCAGCGCUGAGCCAGCGCACGCAGCUGCACGAUUCUUACCAAAUGCCACGACAGAGUUAUAGCUCAGAUCAUGUUAGAGAUCCUCUUCUAAAUCCUGAUGUAGUUACAAUCAGAGAGAGACAACAAGCAAUUCUUGAAGGAUUGUCAAAAUUACGGCAGGGCCUCCUGCAGAAGCAGAAGGAGUUGGAGAACACUCUGAUUCCCAUUGUAGCUCAAGAGAACUUCGUGCCACCGUUCUGAGAGGUGCAUAUGAAUGUUCUGAAUUCUUAACGUGGAAAUGCACAGCACUUUGCUACUGUAAUGAAUUAUGAACCACCUCUAGCUUUUUAAUGAAAAUUAAAUUAUGAGAAUUUUGGUAGACUACAGGGUCAUGUUAUUUUUUUAUACUGAAGAUACUUAAACUCAUGAUGGUUUGUCUGCUUAGAAUGGUUUUCAU